AUGACUUAUAGCUUUGGUGAAGAGGGCCCUGCCAUUGUGCAAUUGCAAAAAUGGGAAUCUUCUCGAUUGCAAGCAAACCUGACACAGUUUCAUGAAGCUUUCCUUUCCCCAACCAGGGAACUUAUAUUAUUGCUUUCAUAUCACCAUGAAGCUGAAGCUGUAAGUUGUAUUGUAAGCUAUCCCAUGCUUUCUGAUAUAAAUUCACUUGCUUGGGGUAUAUGUGAAGAUUCAAAUAGUCAACAUGAGGGGGCUUUAUUUAGAGAAUUUCUCUUUGUGGUUGGAGAUCAUGGGUUGACUGCCCAUGCAUUUUGUCAAUCCACUGAGUGCAGCAGUGAAUCCCUUGAACCUAUGCCAGAUGUAGAUAGUGAAGAAUGGGUUGAAUGGGUCCCAUCUAAUGAUGCAAAGCAUAUAAAUAAACCGGAAAAUGAUGGGUGGGACCUGAAGGUUUCCCGGAUUCGUCGGUUGCAACUGGCACUGAAUUACUUGAACUUUCAGGAGAUUGAGAUUUCAUUAGAAAUGCUUGCUGGUGUGAGUUUGGCAGAAGAAGGCGUCCUGAGAUUUGCUCAUCAUCUAGGAUUCUCAGGUGUUCCUUCACUUUUGGCUUUUCCACCUGGCUGUAAAUCCUCAGAUUGCAUUAUGAGGUACACCGGAGAGUUGUCUGUUGAUGCUGUUACUGAUUGGUUUGCAACAAUCAUUCUAAGUUUACCUCUGAUAGCUCUUUGUCGAAACAAUCAUGAGGUUCCCAUCCGUAAACCAGUUGAAGAAAAUUGGGAAAGGAUUCGUGUUCUGCAAAAGGCUUAUAUGUCAUUGGAGGAGGGGUAUAUGCCACCUGUAACAUCCAUUGUUGUACUAAAGAGGCAUCAUACACGUUUCUUUCCUAUGAAGCAUGGAGGGACUGUGGUUGACACCAAGAUUUGCCACCAAAUGGAGUUUGAUUUCUACCUGUGUAGUCAUGCUGGUAUUCAGGGAACAAGCAAGCCAACACAUUACCAUUUGUUGUAUGAUGAGAAUUAG